GCGCCUGCAGCCGCCUGUUCGGGGCCUUGCUGGAGCGGGGGGAGCUGUUCGUGGGCCAGCUGCCCCCGGAGGAGACCGUCAUGGCAGGGUCCCAGGGGGCCACGCGGAAGUACAAGGUGUGGAUGCGGCACCGUUACCAGAGCUGCUGCAACCGCCUGGCCGAACUCCUGGCCCAUCCCUCCUUCCAGGUCAAGGAGCUCGCCCUCAGUACCCUCAUGAAGUUCGUGCAGCUGGAAGGGGCGCACCCCCUGGAGAAGCCCAAGUGGGAGGGCAGUUACCUGUUUCCCCGCCAGCUCUUCAAGGCAGUGGUGGACGGCCUGCUGUCCCUGGAGGAGGACUGCUCGCUGCUCCUCUCCCAGUUCUCCCAGUACCUGGAGCAGGACGACGUGCGCUACCACGCGAUGCAGGCGGCCGCAGACACCGUGGCCAGGGUCGCCAACUCCCAGCCUCACGAGCCGUCGCCUCCCUGCCCUCUCCCUCGCAGAGCUGUCGGACAAGUGGAAGGUCACUCAUCUGAAGGUGAGAUGCUCCGGAGGGCGGGGGUCUCCCUGGGAACAGGCCCGUCCUGGGGUGCGGCCUCAGGCAGCAGGUGUGGGACUUGGGGAGAAGGCAGCCGCCUCUUUCCUGGCUUGGACAGCCCCUGGGUCACUCAGAGGACCCCGGGGGCGAGGAGGCCCCAGGCCGGCUGGAAACCCUUCCCCCACGCACAGGAGCACAGGAAAGCCUUCCAGCUGAUGUGGCUCGGCUUCCUCAAGCACAAGCUGCCCCUCAGCCUCUACAAGAAGGUGCUGGUGAUCAUGCAUGAGUCCAUCCUGCCCCACCUGGCCCAGCCCAGCCUCAUGAUCGACUUCCUCACCCGCGCCUACGACAUCGGGGGCGCCAUCAGCCUCCUCGCCUUGAAUGGACUUUUUAUCCUGAUUCAUGAGCAUAACCUGGAGUACCCCGAUUUCUACCGCAAGCUCUACGGCCUCCUGGACCCGUCCGUCUUCCAUGUCAAGUACCGGGCGCGCUUCUUCCAUCUGGCCGACCUCUUCCUGUCGUCCUCGUUGCCUGUGGGAGCUGCAGGCGCUCCGCAUUACCACCCCGAGGUGUCCAAGGCCGCCAGCGUCAUCAACCAGGCGCUGUCUGUGCCCGAGGCCAGCAUCGCGCCCCUCCUGGAGCUCACCGCCUUCGAGAUCUUCGAGCGAGACCUGAAGAAGAAGGGGCCCGAGGCUGUGCCUCUGGAGUUCAUCCCGGCGCAGGGCCUGCUGGGCCGGCGUGACGACCUCUGCGCCCAGCACUUCACACUCAGCUGACCCUGGGCCCCCCUCCCCCCAAUAAGUGGUUUUGUAGGAGCGACUCAG